GAAGAGAGAUUUUUUCUUUCGCGGCAACUUCCGGGUUUCCCUGGAGCGGGAGUCAGUCGUCCGCAAAAGCAGGAGGGGGAGUAUAUAGAGGAACACAGGAGUCUGUACAAGGACGUGAUGAUGGAGAAUCACCAGCCCCUCACAUCACUGGAUGGACCCAGUAACAGGAAUACCCCAGAGAGAUGUCCUCGUUCUCUGCAUUUCCAGGAUUUUGCAAAGGAGAAUCACAGGAUCCCACAGGAGGAUCAGGGUGACCACCUUUCUGAUAUGAAGGCCGAAGAUGUAAAGGGAGAAGAAGAGACAUAUGUGACUGAUAUGAAGGCAGAAGAUAUAGAGAGAGAAGAAGAGACGUACGGGAUUGAUAUGAAGGCCGAAGAUGUAGAGGGAGAAGAAGAGACAUAUGUGACUGAUAUGAAGGCAGAAGAUAUAGAGGGAGAAGAGACGUAUGUGACUGAUAUGAAGGCAGAAGAUAUAGAGGGAGAAGAAGAGACGUAUGUGACUGAUAUGAAGGCAGAAGAUAUAGAGGGAGAAGAAGAGACGUAUUUGACUGAUAUGAAGGCAGACGAUAUAGAGGGAGAACAAGAGACGUAUGUGACUGAUAUGAAGGCAGACGAUAUAGAGGGAGAAGAAGAGACGUAUGUGACUGAUAUGAAGGUAGAAGAUAUAGAGGGAGAAGAAGAGACGUAUGUGACUGAUAUGAAGGCAGAAGAUAUAGAGGGAGAAGAAGAGACGUAUGUGACUGAUAUGAAGGCAGAAGAUAUAGAGGGAGAAGAUCAGACGUAUGUGACUGAUAUGAAGGCAGAAGAUAUAGAGGGAGAAGAUCAGACGUAUGUGACUGAUAUGAAGGCAGAAGAUAUAGAGGGAGAAGAAGAGACGUAUGUGACUGAUAUGAAGGCAGAAUAUAUAGAGGGAGAAGAGGAGACGUAUGUGACUGAUAUGAAGGCAGAAGAUAUAGAGGGAGAAGAAGAGACUUAUGUGAUUGAUAUGAAGGUAGAAGAUAUAGAGGGAGAACAAGAGACGUAUGUGACUGAUAUGAAGGCAGAUGAUAUAGAGGGAGAAGAAGAGACGUAUGUGACUGAUAUGAAGGUAGAAGAUAUAGAGGGAGAAGAAGAGACGUAUGUGACUGAUAUGAAGGCAGAAGAUAUAGAGGGAGAAGAAGAGACGUAUGUGACUGAUAUGAAGGCAGAUGAUAUAGAGGGAGAAGAAGAGACGUAUGUGACUGAUAUGAAGGCAGAAGAUAUAGAGGGAGAAGAAGAGACGUAUGUGACUGAUAUGAAGGCAGAAUAUAUAGAGGGAGAAGAGGAGACGUAUGUGACUGAUAUGAAGGCAGAAGAUAUAGAGGGAGAAGAAGAGACGUAUGUGAUUGAUAUGAAGGCCGAAGAUAUAGAGGGAGAACAAGAGAUGUAUGUGACUGAUAUGAAGGCCGAAGGUAUAGAGGGAGAAGAAGAGAUGUAUGUGAUUGAUAUGAAGGCAGAAGAUAUAGAGGGAGAAGAGACGUAUGUGACUGAUAUGAAGGCAGAAGCUAUAGAGGGAGAAGAAGAGACGGAUGUGACUGAUAUGAAGGCAGAAGAUACAGAUGGAGAAGAAGAGACGUAUGUGAGGAGAGAUCAGAAGUGUAAGGAAGAGGAAAUCUCUACAGAUAUCAGCACAGCAGAUGGAGGCACAAGCAGGAAUUCCUUGGAGGGAGAUCUCAUCUUGUCUGCAGAUAGUAAAAUAGAAGAUAACAUCACACAGGAUUCUCCAGGAGACAUCCCCAUUACUCUAACUAUACAUCCAGUACCUCACAGUACUGAUACUUCAUCUGAUCCCUCUAAUCGCGAUGACUGUUCAUCUAAUACCUCAGAUUUUGUUACACAUCGUGCAGCUCAUACAUGUGAUAAAAUAUUUCCAUGCUCUGAGUGUGGGAAAAGUUUUGCACGCAAAUCACAACUUGUUAUACAUCAGAGAAGGCAUACAGGUGAGAGACCAUUUCCAUGUUCUCAGUGUGGGAAAUGUUUUACAUUCAAAUCACAUCUUGUUGCACAUCAGAGAAGUCACACAGGUGAGAGACCAUUUCCAUGCACUGAGUGUGGGAAAAGUUUUUCAGGCAAAUCACAGCUUGUUAGACAUCAGAGUAGUCACACGGGUGAGAAACCAUUUCCAUGCUCUGAGUGUUGGAAAAGUUUUGCACUCAAAUCACAUCUAGUUAGACAUCAAAGAAGCCACACAGGUGAGAAACCAUUUCCAUGCUCUGAGUGUGAGAAAUGUUUUCCACUCAAAUCACAUCUUGUUAGACAUCAAAGAAGCCACACAGGUGAGAAGUCAUUUCCAUGCUCUGAGUGUGGGAAAUGUUUUCUGUGUAAAUCAGAACUUGUUAGACAUCAGAUUAGUCACACAGGUGAGAAACCAUUUCCAUGCUCUGAGUGUGGGAAAUGUUUUCUGUGUAAAUCAGAACUUGUUAGACAUCAGAGAAGUCACACAGGUGAGAAGCCAUUUCCAUGCUCUGAGUGUGAGAAAUGUUUUCCACUCAAAUCACAGCUUGCUAGACAUCAGAGAAUUCACACAGGUGAGAAUACAUUUUCAUGCUCUGAGUGUGGGAAAUGUUUUCUGUGUAAAUCAGAACUUGUUAGACAUCAGAGAAGUCACACAGGUGAGAAACCAUUUCCAUGCUCUGAGUGUGGGAAAAGGUUUGCACUCAAGUCACAGCUUGUUACACAUCAGAAAAGUCACACAGGUGAGAAACCAUUUCCAUGCUCUGAGUGUGGCAAAAGUUUUGCACUCAAAUCACGUCUUGUUAGACAUCAGAAAAGUCACACAGGUGAAAAAACAUUUCCAUGCUCUGAGUGUUGGAAAAGUUUUGCACUCAAAUCACAUCUUGUCAGACAUCAAAGAAGCCACACAGGUGAGAAACCAUUUCCAUGCUCUGAGUGUGAGAAAUGUUUUCCACUCAAAUCACAUCUUGUUAGACAUCAAAGAAGCCACACAGGUGAGAAACCAUUUCCAUGCUCUGAGUGUGGGAAAUGUUUUCUGUGUAAAUCAGAACUUGUUAGACAUCAGAUUAGUCACACAGGUGAGAAACCAUUUCCAUGCUCUGAGUGUGAGAAAUGUUUUCCACUCAAAUCACAGCUUGCUAGACAUCAGAGAAUUCACAUAGGUGAGAAUACAUUUCCAUGCUCUGAGUGUGGAAAAUGUUUUCUGUGGAAAUCAGAACUUGUUAGACAUCAGAAAAGUCACACAGGUGAGAAACCAUUUCCAUGCUCCGAGUGUGGGAAAAGUUUUGCAGGGAAAUCGUAUCUAGUUAAACAUCAGAAAUCAAACAGGAGAUUCUGCGGGUUUCAUGGUGGAGUCCAUGAAGGACCUGGGUACUCUGAAUGCAAGGAUAUCUUCCAUGGUUGUCUCAGCGCACAGGGGACUCUGGCUACGCUCAUGGAAGAGAGUUUUCUUCUAUCUAUCUAUCGCUGCAACUUCCGGUUUUCGCUCGAGCAGGAGUCUGUCGUCCGGCAACAGGAGGGGGAGUAUAUAGAGGAACACAGUGGUCUGUACAAGGACGUGAUGAUGGAGAAUCACCGGCCCCUCACAUCUCUGGAUGGACCCAGUAACAGAGAUACGCCAGAGAGAUGUCCCCGUCCUCUGUAUUCCCAGGACCGUACAGAGGAGAAUCACAGGAUCCCACAAGAGGAUCAGGGUGAACACCUUUCCGAUGUGAAGGCCGACGAUAUAGAGGGAGAAGAAGAGACAUAUGUGACUGAUAUGAAGGCAGAAGAUAUAGAGGGAGAAGAAGAGACGUAUGUGACUGAUAUGAAGGCAGAAGAUAUAGAGGGAGAAGAGACGUAUGUGACUGAUAUGAAGGCCGAAGAUGUAGAGGGAGAAGAAGAAACGUAUGUGACUGAUAUGAAGGCCGAUGAUAUAGAGAGAGAAGAAGAGACAUAUGCGACUGAUAUGAAGGCAGAAGAUAUACAGGGAGAAGAGACGUAUGUGACUGAUAUGAAGGCAGAAGAUAUAGAGGAAGAAGAGACGUAUGUGACUGAUAUGAAGGCAGAAGAUAUAGAGGGAGAAGAAGAGACGUAUGUGACUGAUAUGAAGGCAGAAGAUAUAGAGGGAGAAGAGACGUAUGUGACUGAUAUGAAGGCAGAAGAUAUAGAGGGAGAAGAAGAGACGCAUGUGACUGAUAUGAAGGCAGAAGAUAUAGAGGGAGAAGAGACGUAUGUGACUGAUAUGAAGGCAGAGGAUAUAGGGGGAGAAGAAGAGACGUAUGUGAUUGAUAUGAAGGCAGAAGAUAUAGAGGGAGAAGAAGAGACGUAUGUGAUUGAUAUGAAGGCAGAGGAUAUAGAGGGAGAAGAAGAGACGUAUGUGACUGAUAUGAAGGCAGAAGAUAUAGAGGGAGAAGAAGAGACGUAUGUGACUAAUAUGAAGGCAGAAGAUAUAGAGGGAGAAGAAGAGACGUAUGUGAUUGAUAUGAAGGCAGAGGAUAUAGAGGGAGAAGAAGAGACGUAUGUGACUGAUAUGAAGGCAGAAGAUAUAGAGGGAGAAGAAGAGACGUAUGUGACUGAUAUGAAGAUAGAAUAUAUAGAGGGAGAAGAAGAGACGUAUGUGACUGAUAUGAAGGCAGAAGAUAUAGAGGGAGCAGAAGAGACGUAUGUGACUGAUAUGAAGGCAGAAGAUAUAGAGGGAGAAGAGACGUAUGUGAGGAGAGAUCAGAAGUGUAAGGAAGAGGAAAUCCCUACAGAUAUCAGCACAGCAGAUGGAGGCACAAGCAGGAAUUCCUUGGAGCGAGAUCUCAUCUUGUCUGCAGAUAAUAAAAUAGAAGAUAACAUCACACAGGAUUCUCCAGGAGACAUCCCCAUUACUCUAACUAUACAUCCAGUACCUCACAGUGCUGGUACUUCAUCCGAUCCCUCUAAUCGCGUUGACUGUUCAUCUGAUACCUCAGAUUUUAUUACACAUCACGCAGCUCAUACACGUGAUAAAAUAUUUCCCUGUUCUGAGUGUGGGAAAUAUUUUUCUAUCAAAUCAAAACUUGUUAUACAUCAGAGAAGUCACACAGGUGAGAGACCAUUUCCAUGCUCUGAGUGUGGGAAAAGUUUUACACUCAAAUCACGUCUUGUUACACAUCAGAAAAGUCACACAGGUGAGAAACCAUUUCCAUGCUCUGAGUGUAGGAAAAGUUUUGCACACAAAUCACUGCUUGUUAGACAUCAGAGAAGUCACACAGGUGUGAAACCAUUUCCAUGUUCUGAGUGUGGGAAAUGUUUUUUACAUAAAUCAGAUCUUGCUAGACAUCAGAUUAGUCACACAGGUGAGAAACCAUUUCUAUGCUCUGAGUGUGGAAAAAGUUUUGCACACAAAUCACAGCUUGUUAUACAUCAGAGAAGUCACACAGGUGAGAAACUAUUGCCAUGCUCUGAGUGUGGGAAAAGUUUUACACUCAAAUCACAUCUUGUUAGACAUCAGAGAAGUCACACAGGUGUGAAACCAUUUCCAUGUUCUGAGUGUGGGAAAUGUUUUUCAGGCAAAUCAGAACUUGUUAUACACCAGAGAAGACACACAGGUGAGAAACCAUUUCCAUGCUCUGAGUGUGGGAAAUGUUUUUCAUGUAAAUCAGAUCUUCUUAGACAUCAGAUAAGUCACAUAGGUGAGAAACCAUUUCCAUGCUCUGAGUGUGGGAAAAGUUGUGCACUUAAAUCACAGCUCGUUAGACAUCAGAGAAUUCACACAGGUGUGAAACCAUUUCCAUGCUCUGAGUGUGGAAAAUGUUUUUCAGGCAAAUCAGAACUUGUUAGACAUCAGAGAAGUCACAUAGGUGAGAAACCAUUUCUAUGCUCUGAGUGUGAGAAAUGUUUUCCACUCAAAUCACGUCUUGUUAGACAUCAGAGAAGUCACACAGGUGAGAAACCAUUUCCAUGCUCUGAGUGUGGGAAAUGUUUUUCAGACAAAUCGUAUCUUGUUAAACAUCAGAAAUCACACAGGAGUAAAGCAUUACAAAGAUCUGAUACACAACAGGGUUGUAGCUACACUCCAGUCACACAGUGACACUGUUACCCAUCUGCAGAUAAUUGGAAUGUGUGUCAUUAAUAUAAGACUGGAAAAGAUCACUCAGAUGAAACUUACAGUAUUUCUUUAUUGCACUAAACAGGGCCGGACUGCGCAUCUGGCACUUCUGGCAUAUUCCAGAAAGGCUGAUGGGCUGGUGGGUUUGUCCGGUUCCACAGAGGGAUGAGAAGGCCACACCCUCUGGCUGUCUGGUUUAGCCGUCCCCACUGCACAAAGUGUGCAUCUCCAUGGAAAUGGCGGCGUGCAGCAAGUCCACGCCCCCUGACUCACAGCAUGUCCUUGUGUGUCGUAUCCUUGCGCCCUGCUCCACCCUCCCUUCCUGUCACGUGCGCUUGCAAGUUUACAACUGCCGAAUCCAAAUAGGAGCCCCAGUUUGUUUCUGGCAGUAGAUAUCGGCACCUCUCUCCAAAACAAUAACAGACCAUUGUGUUAUAUAACCGUCUAUGGGCCUGAUUCAAGGUUGAUCGCAAAAGAAAAAUCUUCCUCUAAUUGGAAAAUCCAUGUGCACUGCAGGUGGGGCAGAUGUAACGUGCAGAGAGAGUUAGAUGUGGGUGGCAUUUGUUCAAACAGAAAUCUAAACUGCACUGUAAAAAUAAAGCAGACCGUAUUUAACCUGCACAGAAACAAUAUAACCCACCCAAAUCUAACUCUCUCUGCACAUGUUACAUUUGCCCCCCCCUGCAGUGCACAUGGUUUUGCCCAUUAGAGAAAGAUUUUGAAAACGCCCGUUGCAGAAAUUGCGAAUGCAUCGCAAAAUGCGGGCUGAUCACAAAACCAAACACAAUUAUCGGAACAUCGUUGAUGUUUCCUAUCUGCGCAAGGCAAGGUCAUACACAAUUCCUGUGACACAACCGCUGGAAGUGGUCAUCGCUGACGUCAGAGGCCUCCUUAAAAACGUCUGGGCAAGCUUGUAUUUUUUUAGACAGCCAGAAAACAGCAGGUUUUCCGCCCAGAAAUGCCAACUUCCUGUCAAACAGCGGCUUCAUUGCGCUCACGAUCUGUACACAAUUUCUGUCACUAUUCAGGAUCCUGUUCUAGGAAAAUCAGAUUCAGUGUGCGGGUUGUUCUUCCUAUAUACUGUGCCCCACAUACACAAGUGUUUUUAUAAACAACAAACGAACUAUGACAGUUGAUGAAGUUUUUUGAUCUUAAAACUAUGUCUAAGUGAACUAGAUUCAAAUCCAGCGUUCUGUUCAAAAUGUGACUACACGUAAUACAUUUGGUCUUACCACAGUUAUAAGAUCAUUUAAUGAUAGUAUGAGAACAAAUCCAGCUAUCCAUAGUAGCAAGAUUUUUUUUUCAAAAUUAUUUUUAUUGAGGCAUUGUAUGACAUACAAUAAAGAUUGUGCAGAGCAAUAUAAUUGUACAAACUCAUUCAGAUAAUAUAUGCCAAGAAGACAUAAAAAUAACAGUUGUGUGGCUAACAAUGUCAAGUGUCUAGUACUUAUAUAAGAUGAGGAGAAUAAUCGAACAGACAAUAGCACAGCUUAAAUGUUCAUCUAAUAUUAUAGAAAAAUCUGUGUUCGUAGAAAUUAGAGUGUCAAAAUCAGUUGCACAAUUCAGGAAACGUCAGAAUUAUUUAUGAUGCACAAACUAUAUCCGUGAAUAGCAGUUCACAAUGAAAAUGAUAGCAAAACAAAUCAUAAAAUAAACUAACACUCUCUCACCCAUUAACCCCCCCCCAUCCCUGUAGCACCCUACCCUGUUUCUGAUUACAUAUUGCAAUCAAUCAGGUGUGACAUUGGUCUCAAUAGGUGGAUCGUUAUCUUUUAGGCGUAGCAAAUACCAAGAAGUAUUUAUUAAACUUUGAUGAAUUUGCCGUCUCUUAGCCACAUUCUUAGGUAUUCUUAGGUAUUGGCUCUUUGGAAUGUUCAAUAGCCAUGGUUUGUAAUGACAUCUGUUAAAGUUAAGCUUACUGCAAUCAACAUAUUUUUUUCUGUGUAGGUAAUUAAACAGAUCCCUUCUACUUGGAGGGCGAUGUCCAAGAAUAUUCUUGUGGGGUGCAUAGUGCUCGUAAAUAUCAAUCCAAAGGUGUUGUAAUUUAAAUAAUAAAUAAACGAUUGUGUGGAAACCCCAUCAGCUUCCCAAAUAAAGAACAUGUCAUCAAUGUACCGACCAUAGAUCACCAGAUUCGCCCCAAACGGUCCCUCCCAGACGUAAGUCUUUUCAAAGAGUCCCAUAUAUAGAUUAUCAAAACUUGGGGUGAAUCUGGUGCCCAUGGCAGUACCGUGCUUCUGUAAAUAAAAUUUGGAAUCAAAAGUAUAAAGUGAACUGAAUCAAGAAUAAAGUUACUCAGUGCUAAA